AAAUCGAUACCAACCCCAACCCCAACCCCCUUCGUUAAAAAUGUAAAUGCGAAAAAAUUCAAUACUGUGCAGCCAUACACGACGCUCGCAACGCGUUUCCACAAAUCACAAGAACUCGUGUGUCCCAUAAAUUAAACGAAAUUCUCACAGAAAUCCAACAUAAGAGAAGGUUCGAAGAAGUGCUAACGCCGCCAAAAAAAGCAAACGGAAAGGAAAGCGAGAAAAUCGGAAAAAAAAAAAAGGCGAAAAGUGCGUGAAACGUUAACCGGCAAAAACGGAUACAAAGGCCACAGAAAGGACGCAGUGAAAGUGCCAUGGAAAGCGCGUAGUUCCGAGCAUCCGUUCAUAUUCCUGCCGGAGCAGAAGGAAAAUAUGUUAGGUGUGGCUUUGGAGCGCUGCUAGCGGGGAGCCUGAGCGUGGGCGGCUAACGGGAUCUGGCAACACCGGCGGCGGCAACAACAAACACGGCGGAAUCGAAGGCGCCGGCGGCGGCGGCAACGGAGACGGAGACGGAGCACAGCGGCACAGUCCCCUCCACCUCCAUCAAACAGUUAAAGCAGUUCACAUUCCGCCAGCAGGCGCGGUGACAAACGGCAGCGGCGACGGCAACGGCAACGGCUGCCCUGGCGGCUGCUGCUAAGGUUGUUGUUGUUGUUGGCGGCAGCGGCAGCGGCAGAGGCAGAAGCGGAGGCAGGUACAACAAUGAUAAGCACAUCCGGUUCGCAGACAUAACACUUUGGGGCGGCAGAGAAAGGCAUGGUGAAAAUGGAGUCCACUGAGGAACAGGAUAGAAAGCUUGUCUUGGAGUUUUGCCAUUUGCUAGAGAAAUCCAAACAGCUCUUCAAUGGACUCAGAGAUCUGCCGCAGUAUGGGCAUCGGCAGUGGCAAGCCUAUUUUGGACGCACCUUCGAUGUCUACACAAAGCUCUGGAAGUUUCAGCAGCAACAUCGCAUGGUCCUCGACUCCAAAUAUGGACUGAAACGCUGGCAAAUUGGCGAAAUAGCCAGCAAAAUCGGACAGCUUUAUUAUCACUAUUAUUUAAGAACCAGCGAAACGAACUACCUGAACGAGGCGUAUCAGUUCUAUGCGGCCAUACGGGGACGAGCGUAUUAUUCGCGCGCUGCCAAGGAGGAUCGGCCGGAUUUGAUGGUGAAGAAGCUGCGAUAUUAUGCACGCUUCAUAGUCGUCUGUCUGCUGCUGAAGAAAAUGAAGCUGGUGCGGGAGCUGGUCACGGAGCUGGAGAAACAAAUACAGGAGUACACGAACACUUACGAGCCGGAAGAUCAUUUGGAAUGGUCGCUGGUGCUGGAAGAGAUCAAGGGCUUCAUCAAGGCCGAGGCGGCGGUGGCAGUACUCCAUGCCGAUUCCAAUCCCAUCAUAUUAUCGCACAGUGGUUCCGGUUCUAGGUUAUCGCCGCUGACGACGCCGCCGUGCGAGAGAUCGCCGCAUAUGACGCUCAGUUUGCAGGAGAUCCUGAUUGUUGGUUCGGCAUGCGAGCAGGCCAAGUUCUCCGAGCUGACGAUGGACAUGUUUAGAAUGCUGCAGACGCUGGAACGUGAGCCGACGGAAGCGGCAACGAAUCCGUUGAGCAUGUCCCAUGGCCUUGUGCACGGGCACGAUGCGAGUCCGGCGGCCAGCCGCAUACCACCAUACGGAGUGCCCGGCUCCAAGGGCUAUCUGGAGAAUGGCCGUCAUUAUCGAGACAAUCCACACAAAUAUCUACUGUACAAGCCUUCGAUUAGCCAGCUGCUGGUCUUUCUGGCCAGCGGCUUUAAGGAACUGCCCCUGGGCGGUGCUCUGCUCCUGUAUAUGUCGGCGGACGGCUGUUUCUCCACCACAAAGCAUCCCGAGGACUAUGGCUACGAGCUGGGCGGCCUGGGCACCAGCGUGAAGCGCGACAGCGUCGAUGGCGGCGGCUUAUCCUGUCGCGGCAAGUCCUACAAGGAGAGCCACUGCCUAUAUCCGGGCGAUCUGUAUCCGUUUACGCGUCGGCCCAUGUUCGUCAUCAUCGAUUCGGAUAAUUCGUUUGUCUUUCAGCACAUACCCCGCUACUUUGGCCAGCCGCUGGUCGUUCUAAUGUCGCCGCAAGAUGUGCCGCCCGCUUUUCAAGCUGAUGUACAGCAUCAUGGGUCGCUGUUCACGUUGUUCCUGCACUCCCCGCUCACGGCGCUCUGUUACAUAUGCAAUGUGGGUGAUGUGCCGAUCCAUCACUGGGAACGCUGCCAGACUUAUGUGGAUCGUUUCAUAACAGAAGCAUCGCGCCUGGUCACGCGUUGUCGCAUCGAUGAGAUCGAACAGGGCAUAGGAUUUAUCGACUCCUCCUAUGUUCAGUUCUUUGGCGACGAUUUUCUGCGCACACUCAUUCUACGUUUCGUGUUCUGUGAUGUGGUGCUGCGUUUGCAUCGCGGUUUCCGUGGACGCCAUAUGCGACCGCGCUGUGAGCCCCAGCUGCCGGCCAACGAACUGCUCGAGCAUCCCUCGCUGUCGCAUAUCGUUUUCCAGCUGGCAUCGGCGCUCGAUGUGCGCGGCCAUUUCUCGGAGGGACCCGAGUGCGACUGAUGACUUUUUUUGGCCGUAGUCUUAGUUCUAGUCGUAAUUUUCUAUACGAGGCUGUUGCCGCUCUACUGCCCGGACAGACAGUUUUCGUUGUUGCAUUAUGUGUACAAUACUUUUUCGCUGGCAACGAGCUUCAACGUUAGCUGAAAGUUGCAAGCCGGUGGCCAAUUAAGUGGGCAUCUGAAAUAAAAUGAAAGGAACUCCAUUAUGUGUUUGCCGCUUUUGUCGAAAUCAGGGCUGCAAACUAACACAAAAAGAAAGGUCGCCGGUUCGAACUAAGUUCCUGCCUUGAAGCGUGGCUCGUGAGCCUGGUUUUCUACAUCCGAAAAAUCUAGGCUUUAUUUCAGUGCACCGAAUCAUAUAUUUUCAAAUUCUUAAUAUAGUUGUUUUAUUCUAUGCAAACUUCCACAAAA